AUGGCGCCCGAGGAAGGGGAUUUGAAGAAGCGUGUGGCGCGUAAGCUGACGAAGAAGAGAAGAGAUGGCCACCAGGCCACAAUGGAAAUUCCGGAACGCUUUCGGGAGGGCGACGAUGAAGAUGAGGAUUGUACAGCUCUCCAUGGAGCUAAUGCCUACCUGAACCAGUCGGUCUUUGGCAUGAUAGCUGCAGCUGGCUCUCGAACAGACUUCAAUGCCAGGUUCGAUGGACAGUCCAGCGACGAGGAAGAUGACUCGGGUGAGGCCUCUAACCAGAGCUCUGAGCUCCAGGUAGACAAGACUCGGAAAGGGAAGUCGUCCCCAAAGCCAGAGAAGCACCACCGACGAAAGUUCUCAGAGAAUAGACUGCUGCGUUCCAUCUCAGGAAUAGGGUCCAAGUCGAAAUCCAAGGCGUCCCCGACCCGGACAGGUCCUCCUACCCCCGAGUCGACUUUCGCUACCCCUACUCCAGAGAUACAAGUCGACCGUACAACUUCAAGAGAUGCCCCCGUCAUGAGUCGCAUGCUAGAGGCAAGGGCAGAGCUCUCUAUGCGGCCAAGCUUCGACCUGUCACGAACGACUGAACCUGCAGAGAUGGAUGAGAACGGGCAUCAGACUUCGAGCAGUUUGGCGAAGCAACUAAUGGAGAUAUUCCAGUUUGACACUCCCGAAGAUGUGAUUGAAGAAUAUCCAUGUUGGCUCUUAAAGAGCGUCUUGCUUCAAGGCUAUAUGUAUAUUACGACAAAGCAUAUAUGUUUCUAUGCAUACUUACCAAAGAAAUCUAAUGAAGUAGUAAAAUCUGGCUACCUUGCGAAAUCAGGACGACGAAAUCCUAAAUAUAAUCGAUAUUGGUUCCGACUCAAGGGUGACGUGCUAUCAUAUUACUCUGACCCAUCGGAUCUAUACUUCCCAAGUGGAAACAUCGACCUAAGAUAUGGAAUAUCUGCAAACGUGGUGGACAAAGAGAAAGGCAAGGAUGCUACGCACUUUACGGUUGUCACGCACCAGAGGAAAUUCAAUUUCAAGGCCGACAGUAUGCCCAGCGCGAAAGAAUGGGUCAAAGCUCUACAGAAAAUCAUAUUUCGGUCUCACAAUGAUGGAGAUAGUGUCAAGAUAUCCCUGCCAAUUGAGAAUAUCAUGGAUAUUGAGGAAAGUCAAAUAGUUGACUUUGCAGAUACUUGCAAGAUUCGUGUCAUUGACAACGACGAGACUUAUGCAAUUGACGAGUAUUUCUUCUCGUUCUUCAGUUUUGGCAAAGAGGCCCUGAAUGUCUUGCGAAUUCUAGUAGAGGACACGACAGCGCAGCAAAUACCCGAAGCUAUGUUAAGUCCAACAGCAGCGCAAGUUGAAGGAAAAGAUAGCCCAAAAGGGCGCAUAAGUCUCCCCAAACGAAACUCCUCGAAUUCUGUGCACUCGCCACGCGAAUCCCGGCCAAUGCCACCCCCGCCUAUUCGAACCACGACACCAGUACUUGAGGAAAGCGUUAGAGCAACUUUAUCACCAAUAGGCGCGCCAAGUCCUCGAGCUAGUACAGAAAUUAGCCGAGCGAGCUCUGAUGCCUAUCGUAGAAGCAUGGACCUCAAGGCAUUUGGACGACGAAGCGUUGAUUUGAAUAGACUCAAUAUGGAUGGUGCAGGUGGCCGACGCAGCCUCAGCGCAAGCCGAAGCUUGAGUAGAAAUCGAGUUGACGGAGAACGGCGACCUUCAGAAAAGCAAGGAUCAUCGGAUUCCUAUGUACAUUCUCUAGAAGAACCUGGGUCUUCCGGCGCACUUCCUUCAGCGAGCGAUGGAACCCAGGCAUCAGCAAGUCAAAUAUUGCGAGGUUCCGACGUUUUCCUUUCACCUACAAUACAACGCGCUGCCUCGGCAACACGAAGUCGCGACCCAGAGUCAUCGCCAAACGAUGAUUCACGAUCUGAUUCACCGUCACGAAACACAGUAAAUCUCGGAGGCCACCCGCCAAUCAGACAUCCUGCCACCACAGGCUCCUUGGACGGUUCCAACGCCGGCCAAGGCGAAGCAUCAGCAUCUGCGCCUACCUUACAAACUCUCGUCAAGGCUGGGGCAUAUCCACUACAAAGAGCUGCAGGUUUUGCUGGUUACCUCAACAGGCAUUCAAAGCGCAUGAGCAACCUUCUAGCCACCGAGUCCAUGGGUUACGUUGAGAAAGUAUCAGGCAUGUGGAAAGGAGGCAAGAAACACUAUGAUGAGCCAGCAGCACUUGGUUCCGAUGACGAUAUGUAUGGCGACAUCGAGGAUGAGCAAUCUGGAUCUGGAGACCGCUUUCGAGAGCACUUUGCGCUUCCCGCGUCUGAGAAACUGCAAGCUGCAUACUUUGGCUUCCUGCACCGAGUUCUACCUCUAUACGGAAAGAUCUACAUUAGCGACAGAUCAUUCUGUUUCCGAAGCCUGCUACCCGGCACAAGAACGAAACUCAUUCUUCCUUUGAAAGAUAUCGAAAAUGUAGACAAGGAGAAAGGCUUUCGUUUCGGAUACUCCGGGUUGGUGGUCGUUAUCAGGGGCCACGAGGAACUAUUCUUCGAAUUUCCGCAAUCCGAAACUCGGGACGACUGUGCUGUAACGCUUUUGCAGAACCUGGAAACUAUGCGAUAUCUGAAAGAGUCUGGGCUCUUGACUAUGGAAGAGAAAGAGAGCGCAGAAAAUGCGAGUGCUGAGCAUAAGGCUUUACAACAAGCACGAUAUGAAGGGCAUGCAGAACAUGAUGUCAAGAUGCCAAAGUCUGCCGAGGAGGCUAGAGCUGAUGGACCACCGAUCUUGUUCGAUGACCCUCGAGCCUCAAUACUUAAUUUCAAACCCACCGAGUCUCUAAAGAUCACAUGCUUGACUAUUGGAUCACGCGGCGAUGUUCAACCGUACAUUGCACUCUGCAAGGGCCUCAUUGCCGAAGGCCAUCGGCCUAGAAUAGCAACACAUCGUGAAUUCCAAGGAUGGGUCGAAAGCCACGGGAUCGAAUUUAAGCCGGUGGAAGGAGAUCCUGCUGAGCUCAUGCGAAUCUGCGUUGAGAACGGCAUGUUCACUUACUCGUUCUUACGCGAAGCAUCAUCAAAGUUCCGAGGCUGGAUCAACGAGCUUCUCACCUCUGGUUGGGAAGCAUGCCAAGGGUCUGAUCUCUUGAUCGAAAGUCCGAGUGCUAUGGGUGGCAUUCAUAUUGCCGAAGCUCUGCAGAUUCCCUAUUUCAGAGCCUUCUCUAUGCCGUGGACUAGGACUAGAGCUUACCCUCAUGCAUUUGCUGUUCCGGACCACAAGAUGGGAGGUGCAUAUAAUUACAUCACCUACGUGAUGUUCGACAAUGUCUUCUGGAAAGGGAUUGCAGGUCAAGUCAAUCGCUGGAGAAGAAAAGAAUUGGGCCUCCAAGCCACGAGCCUCGAGAAGAUGCAACCGAACAAGGUCCCGUUCUUGUACAACUUCAGCCCAGCCGUUGUUGUACCACCACUCGAUUACAGUGAUUGGAUUCGUGUCACGGGGUACUGGUUCCUGGAUGAAGGCGGUGAUUGGUCGCCACCACAAGAGUUGACCGACUUCAUCAAGAAGGCUCGCAAUGACGGGAAGAAGAUUGUAUACGUUGGAUUUGGAUCUAUUGUCGUCAACGAUUCAGCAGCUAUGACGGAAACCAUCGUGAAAUCGGUGCUGAAAGCUGACGUUCGAUGUAUUCUGUCCAAGGGCUGGUCCGAUCGGCUCGACAAGAAAGAUGCUGCAGCCGUUGAAGUGCCUUUGCCUCCUGAAAUACAUCAGAUAAAGUCAGCUCCUCACGACUGGCUUUUCAAACAAAUCGACGCGGCUGCUCAUCACGGAGGUGCUGGUACUACGGGUGCUAGUCUUCGUGCAGGAAUCCCUACUAUCAUCAAGCCAUUCUUUGGUGAUCAGUAUUUCUCCGGCUCGAGAGUUGAGGAUCUUGGAGUUGGUAUCUUUUUGAGAAAACUCAACAUAAGCUCUUUCGCGCGUGCGCUUUGGGAAUCAUGUAAUAGUCAACGGAUGAUCAUCAAGGCCAAAGUAUUGGGAGAGACGAUCAGAAAGGAGCAUGGUGUGGAUACAGCUAUCCAAUGUAUCUACCGUGACCUUGAAUAUGCCAAGUCACUCAUCAAGCGCAGAGAUGGCAAGACAGCUGACGACACACUCGAAGAUUCAGAAGAGAGCUGGACAUUUAUUGGCGACGAGCAUGACCCGGAGUUGGUCAAGCGAAUUCAUGACUGGGAGACCAUGGCGCAAAGUGGGAACUUGGCAACAUCUUCAAUACAGCCAAGGCGAAGCCAGGAUACUGGUAGGGCGUUGGGAUUAAAUGUACGAGCGAGGAACAAUGCUGCAUAG